UGCAUGCAUUGUACCUUUUCGCUGAUGAAAGAGUAACCAAAUUGAUAGUGCGUGAAAAUUCUGUCACGACGGAAGAAUAAUUUUCCAAUUAUUUCAAUAAAAGUUAAUGCAUCUGGUCCAGGCAGCUACCAACUUCAACAUUCUCGUAACUUCAGCGUAAUUCCGGUGAAGGUGUCCUAAUUAAAUAAAAUCAUCAUGUCAUACAACAUCGAAGAGAUGAGUUGGUCGGAUGUACGGAACUUAUUCCGGAAGUGGCGUGACGAUAACGAGCGCAAAAGCGACGAUGUGAUGCUGAUGUGGGACGCCGUGCUAGCCGACAAACAGAACAAACUGGGCAACGAGCGGCACCUGGUUUUGGAACAGGUUAUGAUCGCCGCCCUGGAUUGCGGCCGAAUAGAGACGGCCGAAGACUGCAUCCGGAUAUUGACGGCCGAGUUCCCGGGCAGUCUCCGGGUGCAAAAAUACAAAUCAAUGCUGCUGGAAGCACUGGAACGGUACGACGAUGCACUCGACGUGCUGGAUCAGAUUAUCAAGAAGGAUGAAACGAAUGCUGCUCCACGCAAGCGGAAGGUGGCUAUCUACAAGGCCCAAGGUAAGAAUGGGGAUGCCAUCCGAGAACUCUGCGACUACAUGAAACGGUUCAUGUCGGAUCAGGAAGGUUGGCACGAACUGUGCAGUCUUUAUCUAGCGGAAGGGGAGUAUGCAAAGGCGGCCUUCUGUAUGGAGGAAGUGUUGCUGCAUAACCCGCACAGCCACUUGAUCCACCAGCGUUUGGCUGACAUCCGGUACACCAUGGGUGGACUAGACAACAUUGAAAUUGCAAAAUCGUAUUAUUGUCAGGCAGUUAAACUUAACAAUAAUAAUCUUCGUGCUUUAUAUGGUUUAUUUUUGUGUUGCGGUCAUAUUGCGAAUUCCAAAGCAUCCCUGAGCAAGCGGAAAGAGGUUCAGAAGUUGGCCCAGUGGACCAUGGAGCGGAUCCAGCAGAAGACGGCCGGCACCGGUGGUUCGAUUAAUCUUCCGCAAAGUGGCAAAGCAGCCCCAGCCAAAGACGACCAGCUGGCAGCUCUUGAGCAAGCCUUCGGGGGACUGGACAUCGCCAAAGCAAAUUGACCAAUCAGACUAAUCACAAUCGUGUUUCACCGGUCUCCGGCCGGUUUGCAGCAAAUAACUAACAUGAACUACUGCAUGAAUAUCAUAUUUUUCCAUUUUAUUUCCCACCUAGUUCAAUUCCCUUAGAUCGCACUUUUACACCACCUGGACCUGUUAUCGAGAAAGAAUACCUAAACGAAACGAGUGCGUUUUAUUAAAUAUUUUAAAAAGCAAACGUCUAGAUUGAAUUAUGGACGGAUGCAGAAACGAACGUUGCAUUUUCUAAUUUAAAUAUCUUUCAUUCGUUGCAUGUAGCUCCAAUUGUGUAGAUGUUGGUUCCAAUCAAACCUAUUGAUAAAAAAACUCAUAGUCAAACUUAUUCACUAUUCUUACGGCGUGUUCGUAAAUUGAUUUUUUCUAUCAAAGUGAUUUUUUUCUAUCGAUGCUGUCGUUCGUAAAUUAAACAAACUGCGUGCAAAAGCAUUGGAAGGUGAUUUAACAUCUACCAAAAAAAAAUCGAUGCAUCACCCAAAAAAUCAGUUUACCAACACGCCGUUAAACAUCAUCGUAGCGUACUGGCAGCAUGUAGGCAUUUCUGGUCGCGUUCAACGUUUUCAGUCCAUGUGCUGCAGUUUAAGUUUAUCUAAAAUAUUACACCACAUAUAUGUGAAAGAAACAUAAAACCAAUAUUAAAAAUUGCAAUCUUCUUAAAAAACUACAUAUGAGAAAAGAGUGAAAAAAUAAUGGAACAACCAGAAAGACGGUAACAGUAGAAAAAAACAAUUUAAUCAUAAAACGGGAUAAGUUAGAAUGUAGGCAAAUAUCGGAAGCUGUUGGGAUCGCGAAAACAGUCGGCAGCAGGGUGAAUGUUUAAUAAAAUAUUUUUCACAUUAGACUCGAAUGAAA